UCCAUUCUUACAUAGAAGGUCAAAGCAAUUUGAGUGACCAAAGGGAAACAGUGGGAAAUCAAUAUGAGAAGAAGGGUUGUUGUCGUUCAUCAUCUUCCUGCAGUUGUUUUGCUAUUGAGCAUUCUCAGCAUAGUUCAUGGGCACUACGCAGACACACCGUCUACCACUGCUAAUGUGGAGAAUGGCUCACAUGUAUCGGCAUUGUAUGUGUUAGGGGAUUCCUCAGUUGAUUGUGGAGACAACACUCUGUUCUUCCCCCUGCUUCACGGUCGUUUCUCUUUGUACCCAUGUAACGGCUCUGAUGCCACCCUUCUUCCUCAACUUCUUGCUGAGAAGAUUGGAUGGACAUCAAUCCGGCCAUUUUAUGGACAAAAUGGAUCUCUGGAGGAGGUUAUUGAUGGUCUCAAUUUUGGGUCAACACAAGCUACAAUCAUGAACCAGGGAAGCUAUAGCCACCAGUCUCUUAACCAACAACUACGCCAAGUUUCAGAGACCAUGCAGCUGUUGCAACUGCAGCUGGGCGAGGACACUGCUCUCCAAUUUGCAAAAUCCUCCAUCUUUUUCCUCUCCUUUGGCAAAGAAGAUUACAUUGAUCUAUUCCUCAACAACUCUUCCAAACAAAUGUUGCAGAACGGUACCAGAUAUUUUGCUACCAUUUUGGUCAACCAAAUGGCAAAUGCUGCAAGGUAUCUUUAUGAUGCAAAUGCGAGGAAAAUCAUAUUUUUGGGAAUCCUGCCUUUGGGAUGCACGCCUCGCUUGGCCUGGGAGCUGAAUGGUACAUUAGCCAGAGACUAUAAUGGAAAUGGUUGCGUGGAACAUGUCAAUGACUUGGUCUCUGAAUACAAUAGAUUGCUAGAUGAACAAAUAGCCAAACUUAAUACAGAAUUUUCUGAUGCUCAGAUGGUGUUCUGUGAUGUUUACAAUGGAACAAUGGAGAUUAUCAACCAACCAAGGCUUUAUGGUUUUGAAGACGUGAAGAGUGCAUGUUGCGGACUUGGUUUGAAUGGUGCCAUGAUAGGGUGCAUCUCCAUGGACAUGGCCUGUAACCAAGCUUCAACUCGUGUAUGGUGGGAUUUGUUUAACCCUACUCAAGCAGUCAACAAAAUCCUAGCUGAUGCAGCCUGGUCUGGGCAACCAAUACCUGAUCUUUGCCGUCCUAUCACCAUUUAUGAAUUGGUUAACAUGAAAGUCUAGCAUUUCCUGUUGCUCCACCAUCCCUGUAGCUUUCAUGUCAUAAAACUUGCAUUACCUAAAACUCU